CGCAAGCGCUCGGGGUAGCGCCUUAUUCCUGAGCAGGGAGGAGGGCGGUGGCCGGGCCGUAAAGCGAUGGUGAAUCGCUGGGAGGCAGCGUCCACGUGGAGUGUGUUUACAAACAGUUGGGAGGGGGCGGUGCCCCUGCCUUACCCCACCCAGGCACAGCCCGGGGGAGGUGUGUGUAUGUCGGGGGGUUCCUGCCGCACUCCCCCGCCUCCAGCUACAGACAAUGAGGCGGAAGGUGCCACGUUAGGCUACGAAGCGCCUUGAGCAGCGGCAGCAGCAAAGUAAAUCAGCAGUGAGGCUGAAGGAAGACAUGAAAAAGAUAGCUGCGCUGCCACUCAGCAAGCAGAGGGAUGAUAGCUGUCAGAAGGUGUUUGGUGUGAGCCUCCAGGACCUCCAGCAGCAGGGACUUACCAAGAAUGGCCUUCCAGCGGUGGUGUGGAAUACAGUAGAAUAUCUCACCCAGCACGGGCUGACACAGGAAGGUAUCUUCAGGGUGAAUGGUAACAUGAAAAUGGUGGAUCGGUUGCGUCUGAAAUAUGACCAAGGGGAGGAAGUGGAGCUGGCUAAAGAUGCUGAUGUGUGCUCAGUAGCCAGUCUGCUGAAAUUAUUUCUGAGGGAGCUGCCAGAUGGGGUGAUCACUUCUGCAUUGCAUCCCAGAUUUAUACAGCUUUACCAGGAUCCUAGAAAUGAUGCUGAGAAGGAGAACAACUUGAAAGAACUCAUAAAAGAGCUACCUGAUGCCAACUACUGCCUGCUGAAGUACCUGUGCCGGUUCUUGACCCGAGUUGCUGAGCAUCACACGGUGAACAGAAUGAACAUUUUCAAUCUGGCCACCAUUUUUGGACCAAGUUGUUUUCACGUGCCUUCUGGAUUUGAAGGUAUGAAGGAACAGGAAAUCUGCAACAAAAUAAUGGCCAAAAUGCUGGAAAACUAUAAUACCUUGUUUGAGCUGGAGCGCCCACAGAAGGAUGAUGAAAAUCAUGCAUGUGAAGAGCUAGCAAGAAUUAUUUUAGUGAAAGCCAGUUGUGAGCAGUCCCUGCCUAUCAAUCUGACAAGAGCUUUACAAAGAGAGGCACCGAAUUCAACGCCACGAAGCAAGAUCACAAAGUCCACGAGGGAAGGAUCGGUACAGGAACGCCUCUUGCCACAACCAGAGUUGUCGGAUGGAAUUCCACAAGUCAGCCUCCGAUUAACUGACAGUAGUGCAUGUUUGAAGGAAAUGGAUUUACCAGAUGAAAUCUCUCUCAUUAACAGUGCUGCAUUCUUCUCCAGUUCCCAAGAAGAUGAGCGGCCCAUGUCACCCUUCUAUUUGAGUACCCAUGUAUCCCAAGUGAGCAGUAACAUUCCUGCUACUGGAGAAUAUUUAGAGAAGACAAUCCGCUCAGCAGUGGAACAGCAUCUCUUUGAUGCUCAUGGCUCUGGUGGGCAGAGUUCAGAAGACUCUGAAUCAGGAACAUCGUCAGCCUCUUCAAAUGUGUCCACCAGGCAGAGGAGGCGGCAUCACAAAGAACAAGAUGAAGGCCAACGAAAUAGAGACGUAGAGGUCAUCAACAAAGAAAACAUUCCUUCUGGAUUCGGAAACCUUGAAGAUUGUAUUCUGACUCCUCAGGAAGUAGAAAAAUUACAAGAAAACAACUCCGGGUAUAUUGGAGAAAGGAAUAAACCAAAACGGCAGAAAUCCAGCACUAAACUUUCUGAGCUUAAUGAUAACCAGGAUGGCCCUGUGAGUAUGGAAAGCUUUAGCUCCUCAAGGCCAAUAGCCAGAGCAGGACCUGAUGACAUGGAGGUUUUGUCUGACGAAAGCAAAGAAAAUGAAAACGACGGUGUGUUUUUCAGGCGCUCACAGCAGAUUUCGAGCAUGAAGAUUCAGGAGCACCCGAGCAUCCCCGAAACCAAAUUACAGAGGAACCAAGAUGCUGAUGGUCAGGAAGAUAGCUUCGUCUCAGAAGUGCCUCGCCUGGACUUGACAGCCUUGUGCGAUGACAACAGCUGGGAAGAGCCCGUCCCAGCUUUCUCCUCCAGGGAACGAGAUGGCCUAGACUCCGACGAAGCUCAUCUGUCCCCACAGGCUGGAGGUCUAAUUCGCCAGCUUCUGGAUGAGGACAGCGAUCCAAUGCUGUCCCCUCGUUUCUAUGCCUAUGGGCAAAGCCAGCAGUACCUGGAUGAUACAGAAGUGCCUCCCUCCCCUCCUAACUCCCAUUCAUUCAUGAGGAGAAGGAGUUCUUCUUUAGGAUCUUGUGAAGAUGACCGAGAGGAUCUGACACCUGCACAGCUGACCCGGAGGAUUCAGGGGCUUAAGAAGAAAAUCAGGAAGUUUGAGGACAGAUUUGAGGAGGAGAGGAAAUACAGACCUUCCCACAGUGACAAAGCAGCCAACCCAGAGGUGCUGAAAUGGACAAAUGAACUGGCAAAAUUACGGAAGCAGCUUAAAGAGUCAAAACUAAAGAUAUCGGAAGAGGAUCUGGCUCCUGUGAUGCGCCAGCGGAGCAACACGCUCCCCAAGAGCUUUGGGUCACAGCUUGAGAAGGAAGAUGACAAGAAGCAAGAUCUGUCUGAUAAAUCUGCAAAACCUGCAGUGGAAGUGACCUUCGACUCCAUCCAGAAGAAGCUGCAAGAAAAACGAGCAGAGACGAACCGGCCUGAGGACAUUAAGGACAUGACUAGAGAUGAGAUAUCAGCUGAGAAAGUGGCUCUUCAGAAAGCACUCUUGUAUUAUGAAAGCAUUCAUGGAAGACCGGUAACAAAAAAUGAGCGCCAGGUGAUGAAGCCUUUGUAUGACAGGUACCGCUUGGUCAAACAGAUCCUCUCCAGGGCCAACACCAUCCCUGUUAUUGGUUCCCCCUCCAGCAAGCGGAGAAGCCCUUUGCUGCAGCCAAUUAUCGAGGGCGAAACAGCUUCCUUCGUCAAGGAGAUAAAGGAGGAAGAGGAGGGUUCCGACGAGGACAGCACCGUAAAACCAGAUUUCACAGUCACCCUGAAACCAGAUUUCAGCGUGCGGAGUUUCCUGGAUCAACUAGAAGAUGAGGCUGAUGGCUUCAUUUCUCCAGUGGAUGAUAAGAUGCCUUCAAAGAGCAGCCAGGACAUGGGGCUUUCUACCCUCCAUGCUGCUUCUAUGCCAGAACUCUUAGAGCAGCUCCAAGAAGUCAGGGAAGAGAAAAAACAGUUCAGAAAAAAGUUGAGAGAAUUUGAAGAUACUUUUUUCCGAGAAAAUGGAAGAAAUGUCCAGAAAGAAGAUCGUACUCCCAUGGCUGAAGAAUACAGUGAAUACAAGCAGAUUAAGGCAAAGCUGAAGUUGCUGGAGGUGCUGAUCAGUAAAAGAGAUAUUAGUUCCAAGAUUAUGUAAUGAAGCUGAUCGACUUCACAGAGAGGCUAAGAAGAGACUGAGACAACCAGAUGAAUGCAUGAAGGGUGCAGCAGGAGCCCGACAAUGAGGGGCUUAGCAGCUCCCCGAGAACUGAAAGGCCAUUUUUAGACAUGGGAGGUGGAGGAAGGGUGGCUUAUCACUCUCUGCACUCGGUGUAAUCCAUUGUGCCACCAGGCCAGUCAUCUAGACUGGGGUUGCCAGCAAGAGAGAGGUAAUGCUGUGCUCAGAGAUGGCGCCGAAAGGGUCCUUAGUUUUGAUUCGCUUACCAAUUCUGUCAUGUUUAGAAUAUCAGAGUCAGAUUACAUUUUUCCAGAGAAUCAUAGUGAGAGGCUGACUGCUAUGAAUAGUGGUGAAUCAUCCAAUAAUGUCCUCUUCUUUCCCAACCGAGUGCCCUGUCCAAUGGAAAGUGACACACGGUUCCUGUUGUCAGGAAGUCCUGAGGGUGUUCUCUCUUAGCUACCGUGACAGUGAGCUCUGGCUCCCAAAUUACCUGUAGGUUUGGGAAUUGGGCCUUUUCAGUUACCCCACUGAGUGCUGGAGAAUUGCUAUUAAUCAAUGCCCUGCCUACUGUAUUGGCCUUUAGUGUGACUUUUCCCAGUGUUUGAUUUUCUUACAUGUGUUUUCUAGCUGUCACUUCUGCUUAGGUAGAUGGUAGCUGCCUCUGAUGAGAAAAGCACUGUCAAAGAAAGUUCAGCAAUACGCUUAGUUGCCGGGUCGUCUUAGCUGGCAUUUUGAAUUGUGACAUUGGGACUGUGGUUGGGCAUUUGGAUCAGAGUGGAGGUUCUGAUGGCAGCAGUCAGAAUCCUAUUGGGUUUUAGUAGCUGAGAUGUUCUAUUGAAAUGAACGCGCUGCUCUGUCACUGCAGCUCUCCCAGUUCAGGUAUCCGGUAAGCGGAGUGAAGAUCUGUCCAUAUCAGCAUAGACAGACCACCAAUCUUUCAGUGUCUGAUACUGACUUUAAAGACUGAGCUGGACAGUCCAUACACAUAUAGUACACACACCCUAAACUUUUUUCUUUUGUGCACCUAAAUGGUAAGACCACAUGGAUUGCAGCACUAAGUGUGAAUUGCAGAGAUGGGGAUACAGCACACAGUGAACUCGUGGUCUUUUCUUCCCGAUGAUAAUUGCAAAUAUAAAUACUUUAGAGGAGAGGGGAUACUUCAGGAAAUGAGAAACUUUGAGCCAGAUUCUGCCCUUGGAAGUGUGUGAAUCUGAGGUCAAAAGUUGGAACUUAACUCACUCAAAUCAACAUGAACAAUUUUCAGAAAGGAAAACCUUGUUAUGAAUGAAUUAUAGACAGGUGGUUUAGACGCUCAUGUUAGACAUUUGCUAUUUUGAAGGGAAAUGAGCUAAAAAAAAAGUGGAAGGCUCUUAUUUCUGUCAUGCAGAGCCAUUGGGCUCCAUUAUUUCCUUGUGUCACCCUCAAGAGCAUCAAUGUGCAGCUUCACACAGCCCAGGGAGAAGUCCCUAGCUGGAACUAGAGUAAAAAGUCUAACUUCCCAGGGCAGGAUUCAUCCCUGCUGCACAUAGGUAGAGCAAGCCAGCAUGCUCCCUCCUGCAUACUGAUCCCAUCAGUGAGCCAGUGUGGAGGAGCAGGGCAGUGAUAUUGAGUGCAGGGAUUGCAAUUGUAUUUGGCCCUUGUGUAGAUUAGAUGAAGGAGUGGGAAGCCUGCCUGUGCCCUACCCCGUGUUUACAUACCAGGACAGUCUGGCUCCAAGAUACGUGGCAGUUCAUGUUCCCUAAGCGCAUUUCCCCCACGUUGCUAUGUUAUGUUGACUCUUGCCACAAUAGAUACAGAACAUCUACAGCGGGUUUCAAUAGCUUCUGUAUCUCAAAACUUAUUAAAAAGAAAUGUUUCUCUUCCCCAUCCAUGAACCCUGGCAAGAUUCUCUAGAAUGUCAGGUGUCGGACAGUGCCCGUGAGAAGUAGUACAUUAAAGAUAAGCCAGCGCCAGUUGGUAAGAGGUAGCAUAAGUUGGGUCUUUUCUUUUGCUAGUCACCAAAUUCAUUGCACUUAGGGGUAUUUUCCAGGUGGUUCUUCAUCGAUCACAGAAUUAUCCCCUCCACCUAGAAGAAAUAACAGAAGUAGGAGAGACUGAAGCCUAAAUUUAAAAAGGUAGCCUAGUUUUUGGGCGCCCAGCCUAGGGCCUGAUUUUCAGCGGUGUUGAGCACCCACAGCUUCCAUUGACCUGGGAGUUCUAGGCACUUAGCACCUCAGAGAACCAGACCCCAGAGGUGUCUAUACCUGGGCACACACAUGCAGAGGCUACUUUUGAAAAUGUGGGCCGGAUUGGGUGACUGCCGUCCUCUUUCCCUUCUGCAUGCAGGACGUCUGAGAAUUCCAGCAAAUAAUGGUGGUGCCAUUGUCCUCCAAACCAGCUUUAUGCCAGUUGAAAGGGUGCAUGAGAGGGUUGGGUAUUUGGGGCAUAACUGUUUAAUAGGACAGUGAUGUUUAGUAGCAGAAAUGAUAGGACAAAAAUGGCUGCUGCUUUCCUCAGAAGUCAGUAUUGCUGGUUGCCUUUUAUACGGUUAGGCCUCAGUUAAGUGAAGCAUUGAGACCAAUGCUUAACUUUAGCCAUGUGUCAAUCCUAUUGAAAUAAGCGCAUGCUUGAAGUCAAGCCUGUGGCUGGUGUUUUUGUAAGUAGAGAUGAACUUAAGCACAAACUUAAAUACUUUGCUGAAUCAGGGCCUUAUCUCCUUAAUACCUAAAUUACAGUGGCUGUGAUUACCUAGCCAUCAGUGUCCAUAGCCUUCAUGCAAAACUCCAGAAGUCACAAGGAGUACAUUUUGUUGUUAAAAGCCUGCUUGAACUGUGUACUGAUAAUUAACUGUUUUGUUGCCCCAGCAAUUCUUGACCAACAGUAUAUAGCAGAAUAUUUUGUUUUUAAAUUGAUAAGCCUAUAGGGUUUUCUGACUGCCUAGCUACUGUUGUUUUCAUGGCACAUUGCUGUGAUUUCAGAUAUUUUAUAUAAAUGAUAAGUAUAAUGAUGCACUUUAGAGAGAUUAUAUUUUUAAAGUUUGAAAGCUAAUAAUAAAACCUAUAUAGCCAAAAUUGUACUCUAAAAAUCCUUGUCUAGCUCUCUCUUGUUAAAAGGCUGUUCUUUAAACAAAAACAUAAAAUGAAUAGCACCAGUUGAGCUUAAUUCCAUGAAGUCUCUGUAUCUCCUGCAAACUGAUUGAGUUUGGUAGAAUUUACUGCAAUUUACAAAAUAGCCAUUCAGGUACUGAUCAACCCCCGCCACCUCCAAAAAAAUAGUCAUGCAAAAAUCAAAUCAUUGCUGUAAUUUUUUCAUUUCAGUUUUCCUUUGUUAUUUCACUUACUGCAGGCCCUUGAGUGUACAGCCCAGUUUAUAUUGCUGUUUACAUGAGAAUGUUUGAAUGCAAGUGAGUGUUCUUUUAAUAGGGGUGAAGUGCUGAGCAAGUAUCUGCUUCAAAUAAAAUGAGUAAGCUGUUGGAAUAAGACAAAAUAUACUUCCAUGGCAAUAGAACUUGUAGUGUGUUCUCUGCUGGCAUUAUGGCCUGUUUGGUAUCUGGCUUCGCAUGGCCUAGAAUGAUACAGGCACGUGUCCUUUUUGUUUUUUCAGCAAUGCGUGAUUGUGUAUUACCAAAUGUGAACAUCAUAAAUGACUGAGGUUUAUUUAAUGGUGAUGAUGAUGAUAAACAGGGUAUAAAUAUAAUGAUAAAACGAAAAGAGUUAAAGAUGGCAAAAGCUUGUAAUUUUCACAGGUAGCAUUUGCUUUUAUUCUGUUUACUUUGGUGUAAACACUCAGUUAAUAGAUGUUUAUAUUAAAUAUGGUGUAAUUAAAGCAUCUUAUCUCUUGAUUAUUUUGUUAGGAUUCAGUUUUUAUUACAUGUAUGUGCAAAAAUUCGUAAGUGCCAUCAAGUCAUGGUAAAAGCCUUUGUGCCUGAGAGGGAAAAGCAUAGUUUAGUGACAUCUCAGCAAGACUUCCAUUUAGGGGAAUGUUUGCAAAAUGGUAAUUCAGACACACUGGAAACAACAGAAAUAGAAGCUUGCUUGCUGUCCAGUAGUAUAAGGUGGAUAAAUCACUGAGAGUAAGAUCUUUCAGUCGAUGCCUGGGUCUGUACAGAUCUCAUGUCUAGGUUGUAAUGGAAGUAGCUGGUUAGAAGUCAGAGAGGGCUUUAUUUGCAGCCUUGGUGUAAUAUUGUUUAGGUACGGUGUUUGUUAAAUUUGUGAAGGCUCCUAGAACAGCAGUUCACAUGCUGUGUGCUUGUAGCAUGGAUUUUGUCAAACACUAAUACUUUGCAGGCAGUAUGCAAAGUUGUACUGUUGACUUAUUCCCAUUUGCCGUGCCCCACUCACUACAAGGACCCACAGCAACAUCGGGGUUUCUUAUUGAUGUGGGAGAGAAAUUGGGUUGGAGGCCAGUGAUUGCGAGGGAGUGGAAUUUGUGCACCCUUGUUCAUCCUAGAGAGGAAAGUAACUUUGCAUUCUGGAACUGUUGCCAUUUGCAGAAGUUAUCUUUAGCUAUGCCUUUGUGCUAGUUUGGGGGAUCACUGCACGUGGUUAACAGCCGCUGCCUGUUUGCAGCUGCUAAUGUUGUGAAUGUCUCUCAUUUUUUGUAUAUUUCAGAAAGUAAGAAGCACUGUGCUACAGUGUAUACACUUAAAAAUUGCUGUCUAGUUGUUGAGAGAUUACUGGCUCUAGCAAUAGCCUGUACCUCGGAUCAUUGUUAGAACUGGCGAUAUCUGCAGAACAAGAAGGAACCUUUUAAGUGCAUCGACUGUAUGCCCACUUCCUGCCAAAAUCCUUGCAGUGCAGUUAAAUGCGUAACAUUGACUGGUUCUUCUUGCUUUUCCCCUCAGGGAGUCACUGGGUUAUUGAAAUACCUGUGCUAUGUGGGACCUGAUCCUGCUGCCACUAAAGUCCACAGCGUGUCCCUUUAAAUUUCUCUUUCAGGAAACGAGGAAAACUAAGCAGAACUAACAGUUUAUAUAUUUCCUCUUCCUUCAUCAAAAAGAAUGGAGCUGUAAUUGUCAGUUAGGCCAAGCAAAAAUGCAUUUACCCUUAGUAGUGCCAGCUGGAAAAGGGUGUGGACUUUGGAGUCACAGAACAUAGUGUGAUAUGUGAGACCUGUCUGACUCUGAACCUCGUCUGCACGGUGACAUACAGAUGGGUCUGACAGGCUGCUCCUGAGCAGCCUUAAUCCAACUCUCGCUGUUCUGGAAAGUGGUUUCUUUUCUUAUUUGCCUGCAAGUGUCUGCAUGGCCCCUACUAAGCAGGGGAAGGGAUUUACAUGUGGGAAAUGUGAGACAUUCUAAAUCCUUCCAGUUAACAUGGGCUGUGAGGAAAGCAGAGGAGACAUUUCUGUGAGUGUAUUUUAUGCAAAUACUCUGACAAUCUGCAAGUCUCUUUAUUGGUAGGCAAGGGGGGAGGUACUUAGAGCCUUUUUUUUUUUUUAAGUCCUGUUUGUGCAUUCAGGGUGGGUUUCUCCAAGCAGCCUGAGAGAGGAAGGCACCCAGCUCCGUCUGGAAGUCAUCUAACUUCCUUCAGCACUAUUGAAAAUUCUGCCCUUUAUCCUCAAUUGCACGAUAUGGAGGUCUAGGAUUUUAAAGGGAUAUGACUGGGCUUAAAAAAAAAUUGGCCCUUCAAAACCCUAAUAUUGGGGUAAAUUUUUUAAAGUUCAUUUUGGCCAGUUUCCAUCUGAAUGUAAACAUGCCUGUGGUAGUGUCUGCAAACAGCAUUGCAGCUGUGUGCUAGUGCAUGCAAACCGGAAUGUGAGACUGACUGCUGCAUUUGUUAACGUCCCUGCUGAGUGAAAGUAAACACACAGCAUAAUGGGUGAAAAGAUUUGUUGCAGUUUCACUCUGUCUCAAUCUCUAAUGCAUUAUUAAUAAUCAGCCUACUUAAAAUUACAUGGAGUGAAAUCCUGACCCCACUGAGUUUUGCCAUUGACUGCAGCAGGACUCGGUUUUCACCCACCAUGUCCCUUUAAAUUUCUCUUUUUAGGAAACGAGGAAAACUAAGCAGAACUAACAGUUUAUAUAUUUCCUCUUCCCCCAUCAAUAAUAAUGGAGCUGUAAUUGUCAGUUAGGCCAGCCAAAAAUGCAUUUACCCUCUGCUGUCAACACUGAUGGAAAAUGCAAGGUAACCCGUAGCAGAUUGAAGUGGAAAUGUAGAGGAAGUAUGCACAGCAUUAUAUUCAUUUUUCCAAAUGUUGCAGACUGUUACAUUUGGAGGUCAAAUUAGAUAGACGAGAAUGUGGUUUCACCAGAAUGACCUCUGAGCUCUUUUCUCUCACACUCUAUUACUACGUGCUUUUUAUAGGAAGGUACUAAAAACAAAAAAGGAUGAGGAAAGGCUGCAUUCUUUUGAGGCAAAUAGAUUUCUGCCCCUGGAAACCAUAAUUUGCAAUGUAUAAUACCUCUUUAUUUUUGGACAUGAGGUUGGUGAGUCCUCUACUGGUCAUCUUAUUAGCUUUAUCCGUGAAGGAACCAUAUGCUGUGGUAGCCUUACACUUUGAUGUAUCGUUGAAGUAUCUUAUUGUCCUUGGCAAAAAGAAUUGUAAAAGUUCUUGGCCUUGUACAUCUAGAGGAUCUGCACAUCCAAGCUAUUCAUGAUGGCAUGCGGGGCAUCAAACUCUGUCCAACCUGUAUAUUAUCUGUUCUGUAUGACACAGGGUAUUUAAUGCUUGCUACAACUUUGUAUGUUCAAAGUAUUCAUUGUGCCUACUUGUGCCUCUCUGCGGACAUCUGCAUGCAUUGGUGUAAACCAUCUUCUAUUAUGUGUAUAUGUAUAUACAUAGAGAGGUAUAUAUUUACACAAAUGACUGUGCAUGUGUGUAUACAAAUUGAUUUUAGAGUUCAGAAGCCAGUAACAGCCAGGUGUGUGGCUGGAGAAAUCACUUUUGCAGACUUCAUUCUCUGUAUGAAAGCAACUCCAUAACCGUCUCAUGCAAAUAACAUAUUUAACAAAUAAUGCAAUCUUAGCCAGUGUGGGCCCAGUUCUCUGUUUACAUGAUUUAUGUAAGCAAAUUUAAUUUGAAUCUACAGUGUCUUUUUUAAUGUAAACUGAUUGACAAAUGUUAUGUGUACAUUUUUGUACAUGAUUGUAUUUUGUAUGAAACAAAGGAAAUAAAACUAUUUUGACUGCA